UAGGGUGGGGGUGGGGGAGAAGAGCCUGCGAGCAGGCUGGGAUUGGAUGGGUGUGCAGGAUAUGGUUCAGUUCUUUUCAGAAGAGUCUGCCUUUAGCUAGCUGGCCAUUUGGUCGUAGAGAAAAAGAAAUCCCAGUUUGGAGAGGGGCUUAAGGUUCCCUGCAGGCGCCCGACACAGAAUUGCUGAGGGGAACGGCUCCCCGGAAGUUUGCCCACUGCCCCCAGCCAGCAGCAGAGCAGAUUCGGGCCGACUCCCCUGCCUAGCAAGAAGGAGGGGCUGGGGGGGGUAGGGUGGGGGUUGGUCUUGCGUUUUAGUUACAGUGGCCCUUGGACAAGUGAGCAGGCAGCCCCUGCCCCAGUCUCCCCAAGUCCCUCCGACCAAACCCCGGAGGGCCGGGUUUCUGGACUUCCCAAUACUGGGAAGUAUUGGCGGCGUAAGUGCCGGCAAGUGGCCGCAAGAAGCCUGUGGAGCUGCUUGAGAACAGGCGGCCCCGAGUGGGGGGCGCUCCCUGGCCCCCGAGAGCGGCUCAUUUUGGGGGGCGGCCGCAGGCUUGGGAUGCUGGGCUUCAAUCCUUUCGGAAGAUGUUUGCAGUCUGGGCGUGAUUUCUUGGGCCACAUCUCUUGGAUCGGGCUCCCUCCCUCGGCCGAUACAAGCCGGCCAGACCUCCCCGGGCGAUCCUUUGAGGGAAGGAGUUGGCCGACUGCAUCGCACGAAAUGGAAAGUUGUGCAAAUUGAAAACAGCCCCUUGGCAAGGGCCAAGAUCGGGCCGGGAGGCCUAGCCCGGCAGCCCGCCUUGGGAAAGGCUCCGAGGACUGGGGGCAGCCCGCAAGGAGCAGAGAAAGUGAAAGGUUUCAGGCCGGGAAAGCUUUGGGGGUGGAGGGCGCGGGUGGGGGCCGCCCCUUUCCCAACCCCGCCCGCCACGGCGUGGAAUCUUCCAGCUUGUUAGCGAGUUGCCGGCGCCCAGAUACCUCCAGCCGCAGGCCCGAAAGGAGCCCCUUGCCCGCGCUCGGGUGGCCCUGCACCUUGGGGCCGUGAUCAGCCAGUGCGAGGUCAUUCGGAGGGGAAGGUGGCACCGAGUCCCAAGGAGACGGGAGCGGGCAACGAGCGGGCACUGCCGCCUCGACUACUCUUCCCCUAGAGGCCGAGGCAGCUAAGUGCCCCGGACGCCUGGUUUCCCUGGAAAGAGCAGGUCCCGAGAGCUGGAGCCCCUAAUGCGGGCCUGCGGGAGGGGGGGGACUCCGAAAAGGGUCAGGCUCCAGGCCUGCUAGUCAGAUUCGCAAAGUACACUUUCGAGCCCCGGGGCCCAGCGGGGGUGGGGCCAGCCUGGGAGGGGCGGGGUGUGCCCCCCCCUCCCCGCGAGCUUUCCCAGGAGGUCACGGGGCCGCGACUACGGGGAGGAGCCUCUGGGAGUUCCCGGAUGUGCAGCUGGGGCGGCGGGCUGGCCGAGCCUGGGAAGUGGCCGCGAGGAUUCAGGCGGCGGCGGCCGGCGGGCCAGGGGCCACGGGCCACGGGCCACGGGUUACCUUGCCCGUGAACCCCUACGCUGUUGCACUUCAGUAGUGGUGAGCCAAGGUGGCCGUCAUAGGGAGAGCAUUUGGGGAUGGAACUUCUAAGGGCUGCUGUGGAAAGCUCUCCUUGAGAAGUACAGUUGCUAGAUUUUGCACCUGGGUUAUCUUCUUGGACAAAGAGGCUUCCCUUUGCAGAGUGGGAGCAGAAUCCCGAGGCUCCGAAUACAGUGACCGACCAUCUGGAAGAGGACAGGAAGAGCGCAAAGACUGAACGACCUCAGAGAGGAGGUCCACUCCCAUCCGGCGGUCUGAAGCGCUCCUGCCAAGCUUAGUGGAAGAGAGACCUGUCGCCAUCUUUUGCCAGUCUGCCCUACCCCCGGCUGCCCCAGGUGGUGGGUUUCCCUGGAGGAUCAAGCUGCUUGAGCUCGGCUCUGUUUUGGGACCAGGCUUUGAACACCGAGACCGUGGAGGGAGGAGGAAGGAUGCAGACGAUCAAGUGUGUGGUGGUUGGGGAUGGGGCUGUGGGCAAGACGUGCCUUCUUAUUAGCUACACGACCAACGCCUUUCCCGAGGAGUACAUCCCCACCGUCUUCGACAAUUACAGUGCCCAGAUGUCCGUGGACGGCCGGACGGUCAGCCUGAACCUGUGGGACACGGCUGGCCAAGAGGAGUACGACCGGCUCCGGACCCUGUCCUACCCUCAGACCAAUGUCUUUGUCAUCUGCUUCUCCAUCGGCAGCCCUUCCUCCUAUGCCAAUGUGCGGCACAAGUGGCAUCCGGAGGUCUCCCAUCAUUGCCCCAACGUGCCUAUCCUGCUCGUGGGCACCAAAAAGGACCUGCGAAAUGACCUCGCCACCUUGAAGAGACUGAAAGAGCAGAGCCUGUCGCCCACUACUCCUCAGCAAGGGACCUCCCUGGCCAAGCAGGUGGGCGCUGUUAAGUAUCUCGAGUGCUCGGCCCUGAUGCAGGAUGGAGUCGGUGAGGUGUUCGCGGAGGCUGUGAGAGCUGUGCUAUACCCGGUCACCAAGAAGAACACAAAGAAAUGCAUCCUCUUGUAGCUCCAGCAACAGCACCUGGGCACCAGUGGCCAGCCGGCGCCUGGGCCUCCUCUGCCAGGAACCCUUCUGUCGCCCCCCAGUCCUGAGGGUACUUGGGGCUGGGCCUGAUGGGGAAGUGGGGAACAGGGCCGGGCGGGACUGCCUGCUCCUUGGUGCUGAGCAUUGGGCUUUGUGGGGCAGGUGUGGUUGCAUGAAGUUGUUGCCUUAAGUUUUUCUUUUCUUUCUUGGGAUGUACCAAUUUUGGAAAGUUUGUUUGUUUCUUGUUUGUUUCCCAGAUGUUCCUUACGCUUAGCCCGGUCCCUCUCCUGCCUGUGCCCUUCCCACCUCUCUCCCCAAGAUGAGGUGUUUACAUCGGCAAGGUCUGGGAGAAACGAGGAGCCUCCUAGUGAGGCCAGUGGGGCAGAAGGAGCUCGGGGCCUCUUGGAUCGCCUUUGGUUUCCCACCAAGCCUUCCUUGGCCCUGGGCCUCAGGUGACAUAGCCCCGAGGAAAUGCUUCAUAAAUGCAAAGAUCAAUGGAGGCCAUGGUGCUUUGGGGGUAGGCUCUGGUGGCAGUGCAGGCCUAGUGGUACCCUCCAUUUCAUUGCUCUUUUCUACCCAGAAAGGGAAACCACAUGACACAGGACAGACUUUAGCAUCCUUCUUACCACUAACAUUAAGGAGAUUCUUUGUCUCUUCUGGGCUGAACUCGGAGACUCCUUGAUUGGGACAGUUUUCUUAUCUCUAUGCCUGCCCUGUGAGGCUUGGCAGCUGCUUCCUCCUUAGGGCUUUUUAGGAGCUCGAGGCUGGGCUUGUGUCCGUCCGUCCCCUGUUUUCCCCCCUUCCCCCCGCCCCAUCCCUCCCCGAUCGAGGGACCUCCCCCGUUUGAUUGGCCAAAACAAUUCAGCUAUUCCUCCAUUCUCUCCAUCUGAGUUUAUGGGAUUUUGUGAUUCCUCAGACCUAGAAGGAAAAAGAAAACCCCUCUACUCUUGAUUGGGAGGGACAGCCAGAUGGAGCACUGACUUCCCCACAUACCCUACUUUUAAAAAUUAUACUGAGGCUGUUGGGAAUCUGGGAAAUGGAAUUAAAUGGAUCUCUCGUGUCUCCUUUCCUCUUCCUUUAGUGAAUAAGAUGUGCCUUUUGUGAUCUCAACAUUCCCAGUCCUAGAUGGUGGAUUUUGGCCUGGGUAUACUUAGAGGGAGCCUUCUAGAGGACUAGGAACCCUAGGUAGAAGCAAAUAUUAGGGCUUGGUGUAGGGAAUCUGCACCAUCCUUUCCUCUUCACCCUAAACUAAUUUCUCUCCUCUUUAUCAUGUGUCAUAAGCUCAGGAGAUGAAAUUCAUCAGGCUUCCUAGACGCUUUAUCCCCAGCUGCAGACGAGUGCUUACUGGUGCUUCCAUAUAGCUCGGCACCAGUGGACUGAACCCAGGAAAGAAAGGCCCAGAAAAUAUCCUGCUGUCCGUGUAUCAGCUUCUAACUGCCGUUUUCAUGCCAUGUCUAUUUUCCCAUGUGUCAACCACUGUGGUAGUAUCCCAAGGGGUUGGGGCAAGGCUGCCUCUCUCAGUAGAGGUAGGAUCUUAACUAACAUACAUUAGCACUUUGGGGGAAAAAAAGGCCCUGCUUUAAUGAGGGGAGUGUGUGGUCCUCAAGAGCCAGCCACUUCAGGGCCUGUGAUACCAGUUGUUCGGAUGUUUGCCCACCAUCAGCCAGAUGAGAUCUCAGAGGUGCAUUAUGGCUAUCCCGAUGGCUCAAGCUCGUGGUCCUCUUUGAGGGCUUUGUCACGGUCUCCAAAUUGCCCAAUCGUUAGCAAAUUCAUCAAAUUGAAAAAUGGGCAAUUCAAUUUUAUUUGCAGUUCCAAAUUCUCUUCCUUCCCCGGCUCCCCCCCUCUCCCCCCCCCCCUCGCCUUCCCUCCCCCCCAGCAACCCCACUCGCCCAUUAAGAAGGCAAGGAAAAUAGAACCCAUUACAAACAUGUCUAGUCAUACAAAAUAUCUUUCCACUGUAGCCAGGCUCUCCUCCCAUGCCUCCCCCCUCCAAAAAAAAAAAAAAAAGCUAAGAAAAGAGAAGAAAAUAUACCUCAAUCUACUCCUGAGUCUACCCUCUCUCUGUCAGGAGGUGGAUGGCAAGUUUCAUUAUGAGUGCCAAGAAUUGUUGUGGUGCCAAGCAUUCCUGCCUUUCACAGUUGAUUUUCUUUACAACAUUGUGACUACUUUAUAGACUGUACUGGGUCGGCCCACUUUUCUCUGAGUGAGUUCAUGCAAGUUUUCCCAGGUUUUUCUCCCAACAGAGGGACAUCCUCAGACUGAGGAAUUUGUUUUCUUCCAGGGAAAUACUUUGUCCCAAUAUGAAGAUAUCUGGCUUGAGAGGUUACUUGCUGAAUGCUCUUUUGCUAGUGAGGUCAAAGGAUUGGUCCUGACUUAUUUGGUAGGGCCAGUUUGGGCUGGGGGUGGGAUAUUUGAUAGGAACAGAGUACUGAGACAACUGCAACUCUCUUGAGUGGAUUUUAAUCCUCUGGUGCCUUCCUUCCUGUCCUCACACUCUUUCAAUUUGGGUAUUGUUUGGGCAAACUUUGGUUUCCCCUGAAAAUGAAUUUAGCCCAUCUCUGGCAGAGCAGGGAAUCACCUCUGCCCAUGGCUGAUGGGAUGUGGUACUGUAACAUACACUGGUAACUUGAUCUGUAUACUUAAAUGGAUUUUGUAUGAAAACUAAUAUGCUAGAGUCACUUGUAAAUUAUUCAUAAUUAAAUGGUGGUAAAGCUUUGCUGAUUUUCCUCA